AUGUUAAGAAAGGAAAGGUCAGAAAUGGGGCAUCGUCUAAUACAGAACAAAGAUAAUGGUAUCUUCUUUCAGCAAGGUAAUUAUAAUAACAAUGACAAUAACAUCUCCAGAACUGUGCUGUGCUGGAACCCUACUGGAAUUAUCACCAUAACAACAAAUCUUUGUAUAAGAUGGAAUGAGAACUAAAAAAACAAACACAAGGAAGGUUUCAGCUAAAAUUUUAGAUAGCCUUCUUUUUAGUAACAAUAGAAAUUCAAAACAAGUUUAUACAAGUUUGUCCAGUUAUUCUUUUGAUGAUCAGAGAGAUGCUCCUUUGAAUUCAAGGCAAUUGAGUCAAGAUUGUAUGAUACAAGAUUUCAGCCCAAGGUUUGCCUUAACUAGAUUUGGGGCAGAAAACACUCAUUGAUGGUGGAUAUAAAUGAACAUUAUUUGAGGUUAAGCUGCUGUGGAGGUGUUGUUGUAAACAGAAUGCUGAACAAUUUUCUGUCCAAGGUUAAUCUCCAUGAAAACCAGCUCUGCCAUUUUUCAGUAGAGGUCAACUGAGCACUGCAAUAAUUGGAUUCCACCUGAAGUGUCCCAACCCUACCUCCAAUUGCUGCAGUGGUUUUGUAACUUAAAAUAGAUUUGGGUUAAAAAAAGAAAUUAAUGGCAAACAAAUGCAAAAGAAUUAUGUGACAAUUAUUAUUUUUUUUAUAAGGUGGACUAGGCAUCUGAAGCAUGCUGGGAGGUGCCAAACAUACAACUAAAGGCUGCAAUCAUGGACAGGGUGUGUCCUUUAAAAGAGGCCCCAUGGAUACAGAGUACACAUGUUCCACGGGGCCUCUUUUAAAAGACUCACCCUGUAUAACCUUAAAAAGGUAAAGGGACCCCUGACCAUUAGGUCCAGUCGUGACUGACUCUGGGGUUGCGGUGCUCAUCUCGCUUUAUUGGACAAGGGAGCUGGCGUUUGUCCGCAGACAGCUUCCGGGUUAUGUGGCCAGCAUGACCAAGCUGCUUCUGGCGAACCAGAGCAGCGCACGGAAACGCUGUUUACCUUCCCGCCGGAGUGGUACCUAUUUAUCUACUUGCACUUUGAUGUGUUUUCGAACUGCUAGGUUGGCAGGAGCAGGGACCGAGUAACAGGAGCUCACCCCGUCACGGGGAUUUGAACCGCCAACCUUCUGAUCGGCAAGUCCUAGGCUCUGUGGUUUAACCCACAGCGCCACCCGCAUCCCUUCUGUAUAUCCCAGUGAUCUCAAUGUGACUUACUUCUGAGUAAGCAUUAUAGGAUUAUGCUGUAUAUUACCAUUAGAAUCACUGAGAAGCACAUUUGCCAAAUGCAUUGUGAAAGUUGAGGACAAACCUUAGAAAGUAUGCUGAUUAGGGGGGCUUUUGUGUUCACUAUCAGAGGAGAAAGAUCUGAAAGCUCAGAUGUGCUAACACUACGUUAGCACUUGAUUUCAGACACUAAUGAACUCUGGGAAUGGCUGCAGUAGUCAUGGGAACCAGAGAACACCAAAUGAGCCUAUAUUUUAUUAUGGAGCUUGAUAGUUGCUUCUCUAUUAAAUACCCAAAGUGACAGGCAAUAAAACAGAAAAUUAAAAGUGUAUGUUGAUAAAAACAUUUUAAACUGGCAGCAGCUGAAAGCCAAUGGCAAUGCAAUACCUAUUUUAAAAUAAACAAUUUAGCUUUCCAGUAAUACUUCACUGGAAGUAAAUACUCACUUUUCCUGAAUUAAUAUGUUUUAACUUGCUGAUUUUAAAAGUGUUCUUCUUGGCAUAGUUUCUUCUACAGGGUGAUUGCCACAACCGUGGAAGCCCAUGGUCACCUAUUUCAUUAUGGGCUCUUACCUCCCCUAUAAUUUUAGUGCUACUUAUCCCUACCCUUAGAUAAAUAGAUUCAUUUGAUAGCUAGAGCACUAUAUGGAUGCAGCAGAACUUCUAAAAGAACUUGUGAGUGUACAAAUUGUACAUGCAUAGGAGUGGUACAUGCAAUCAAAGAACUGUCUUUCGGUGUCUUUCCUGGCUAGAAUCCAGGACUCCUUUGAAUUUAUAGAGCAAUAUUUAUGAAAGAAGUGAAAGAGAUAACUAACUUGAUCAGCAAGGGCAGUGACUCAAGAAAUUCAAGGGCAGAGAGAGUGAGUGAGACAGAAAGAGAUAGAGAUAGAUAUAUAUAUAUAUAGAGAGAGAGAGAGAGAGAGAGAUAUCUUCAAAAGAAAAGGCUUCAUAUUUCCUACAGUUUUUUCCAGGAUUUUUAAAAUGUGAUUUUUGAAAACCAAACCUUUACAUUUUUCUUCUUAUAAAUUAAUUGAUCAGAUGCCUUGGUGCCCAGGUUCCGUGUCAAGUUGUAAGGGUGGGGGGCAGAGAGGGCCCACUUCUCCUAUCAUGAGGUUGGUUUGUGCAGCACGGUGGUGGAGACAGUGUUGUCCUCUUGGCAGUGGUGGUUGUGCACUCAGCAGGGCAGGGAUAGGGUGAAAUGGAGACAAGACUGGAGAAACUUUGGGUUAGCAGUGGUGCACCUGUGGGGCCACUGCCAACCGAGAACUCCCCCUGAGCCUCCCUCGCCCUGCCCCAUCCGUUUUCCCGACAAAUGCAAUACCAUUGGAUAGCACUGCCGCUGCUCCCUUCCUGAGCCACCACUGGAUUUAGGUGCAUGUGAGCCCCUUGAAAUUACUGGCCUUCUGGGAGCAGGUGCACUGCCUCCAGUUUUGGUGCCAAAAAAAGUCAGCCUUCAACAAGCACCUGUUCAGCAGCAACUCACGCUUCAAAUCUUUUCAGAGUGAGCAAAGCACUUUGGGAAAUCCUAACUCUCUGCCUGUCAAUCAAGCAGCUUUUCUGAGCCACUGAAUCCAAAGGAGUCGUCAACUUACACUUCACUAAUAAUAGCCCUGAUUUUGGUCUUGUGUAGAGCUGUCAUUUAGGCAGUGUUUAUGCCAGCACCAGCACCCUCCCAAUCUUCUUCCGUGCUGCUGCUGCCUUCAUCAUUACUCCAUGUCUAACUUAUAGAGUUCACUUUGCAUUCCUAAGAGUAAUUGCUAGAUGCAGGCUUAAAGAUCACACCAGUCAGGAAGCUAGGGAACAACUUCACAUCUUUUUCCAACCAAGAAACUCCUGGUUUUACCCAGAUGCAUCAAAGUCCAGUGGAAUACAGUACUGACUGCUACGGAACUGGAACAGAACCUGUGCGGCUCCUUUCUCAGUGAAGUUUGGCAAGUGACACAUUUCAUUGAAAUCACAAACCUUUUAGCAAAGUCCUACUCCUGGUGCUACCCCAACGAUGUAGUCUAGCUGCCAAGAUGGCCUCUGUUUGAAGCAUCCCUGACCUGCUUGAGGUCAGUCUGAAGGCUGAGUGGAGAAAAUAACCAGUCUGUAUUUCCUGCCUAUUUCCCCCCACCCUCUGCAUGACAAACAUUCUAGAAAUAUAUAAAAGGGGCAGAUACUGACAGAACAGCAAUCAAAAGUACCUGAUGCGGAAAAAAGAUUGACUGGACACAGGAACAAUGUCUGUUAAAUAAUUGUGUGGAUGGCAACUGUAUCUGCAUUGGUAGCAUGCCCAGGCCUCGGCAUCUGAAAGAAAGCUUUGCAAACAGCUCAGGAACUCCUGCUGUAGAGGCCGGAAUCCCGACUGAUAGACUGAUAUGGCUUGUGAUAUUCUGCCACAGGAAUCAAUUUUUCCCUGAUGCAAGAAAUUGCAAUAUUAACUGACAGCUGAUCUAAUCUACUGCAGCUCAGGACCAGCCCAUCUAGAGCUUCCAACUUUAACCUUUUAAAGUCUGAUUCUCUGUUCUUUACUUGGUGCUUUGUGAUUUGCAGUUAUGGAAGAGACUCUUAUCUUCCACACCUGAUUCUUUCCCCUUUUCACAGCUGCAGGAAAAAUCUUAUUCUUUUAUCUGCUCUGUAUGCUGGUUUUGACUGUUGACCCCUGAGUGCUGCCACACAUUCUAGCAAAAGUAUCUUCUAUGUAUAGAUCCCUCUAGUUAUGAAACUGUGCAGGAAUAAGUUUAAUAAGACACUGGCAAAGGGAUUUAUAAAUUCUGGUCUUGAGUGGUUGUAUGGGUGUUGUCAUAGGACUGAGAGGGAUGCUGGAACAGCUAAUUUAAUCUAUUUUCUUAUGGCAGGGCAAUUUAUAGUACCUUAGACAUUCCCUGUUGCUAUCUGUCCAAUUUUAUUUUAUCUUUUUUAAAAAAGAUGUUAUAACCUCACCAGGUAACACAUUCUAUUGCAGUAUUUUCUCAGUUAUGAAAUAGCAGUACAGAAUGGUAGGCAGCCCACUCAAUUAUCUGAAGCACUGCUUCCUCUGUUACCUGCUAUCUCAUUAGUAGUGGCUUAUAUGCUGGCAUGGGUGAAGAUCCAUUGCUCUCAGGGCUGUCUUAGCCAUAUGCGGCGCCGGGAUGCAAAGAUCUGCCCGCCCACCCCAGGUUGCCCAGUCCCAGGCGCGCAGGAGGGUGGAGCCAGCCAGCCGCCUCAGUGUCUCGCUGGCUCGGUUGUCCCUGAACUUAUGGCGCAGAGCCACCUGCAGCAGAAGAGCCCGUCGCAGCACUCCAACUGACAGGCGGGCUCUUCCCCAGUCUCAACUCUCAGGCCCCGGACUCUCAGCCUGGCAUCCCUGAGAGCCCUGCGCCUGGGUGCCAUGCACCCCUAGCGCCUAUGGGUAAGACGGCCCUGAUUGCUCUCCCAGCUUCCUAAAAAGAGGCGCAGGGAAGUCAGCAUGGUGUGGCAUGCGGUGGCAGGAACAUCCUAUGCUUUUAGGAUGUGAAAGAGACCUUGCUCAUAGUUCUGUUGGCAUCUGUAGCUCAUGGUGCGACAAUGUGGUACAGGGCCUUCUCUUUUGUGGCACCUCAGAUGUGAAACUCCCUCCCCAAAGAGAUCCAGCUGUUCACUAUGCUAGUGGUUUUUAGGUGUCAGAUUAAGACACAUCUCCUUACAUUGGAGUAAACUGGCAAAAAUGUAUAAAUCAAAAUCAAGUGUUGGAAAUGUAAAAAGAAAGAAGGUUCUUUUUAUCAUAUGUGGUGGUCUUGUAGUAAGGUUAAAGCUUACUGGGAAAUUGGAAAUUGGAAAUUGGAAAAGAUGUUUAAAAUAACAUUUGUAAAAAACAACAACACCACACCCAGAAGCGUUUCUUUUGGGAAUUAUAGGGACAGUACGACCCAAACUGUAUAGAAAUUUAUUCAUGUAUGCAACUACAGCUGCAAGAAUGUUAUUUGCCCAAAAAUGGAAAUAAGAAGAAGUCCCGAUGAAAGAAGAAUGGAUACAAAAACUUAUGGAAUACACAAAAAUGGCAAAACUUACUGGAAAAAUAAGAAAUCAAGAUAACAAACUUUUUAUAAAAGAAUGGAAAAAGGUUUAUUGAAUAUUUACAAACAAACUCUAAACAGGUAAGAACAUCGGCAGGAUUACUGUAAAAACCUGCAGUUUUAUAAGAGUAUACAUUUAAAGUAGAUGAAUAAAUUCUUAAGUUAAUUUGGAAUAUGCAGAAAGUAUAAAAAACUAAUUUAAGGAAUUGAAGAAAUAGGGGGAAGGAAGUCAAGUUUUGAAAUGUUAAAAUGAUUGUAAAAUUAUUGAAAUGUAUAAAAUUGAAAAUCAUAAAUAAAAAUUAAAAAGAAAAAGACACACCUCUUACAUUGACACCUGAGAUGUAUAUUCUUAGGACACAUGCUGUUUUGUGAUUGUAAGCUGUUUUUAAUGUUCUGUUUUAAAUUGGGACUUUAGGGUGAUGGGUGGGUAAUACAUUAAAAUAAUAAUAAUACUUAUCCAGGUAUAUUGAUUUGGCUGAUGUAUGGGACAGAUUGCUGUGGGCUAAUCUGAAUUUCUGAUGUCUUGAUCUUUUGAUACUUUGGAUCUGAUAACUCUUUUAUGAUUGCUGCCAUUCUUAUAAUAGUUUUACUAAGAUUUUGCAUGUGAACUUUUUUGUACGUCUUUUUUCUAGUUGUUAAAUUGGAGGAAGGAUGGAGCACCCACCCACCCCCAGAAGUGCACUCCAUUGUCUCUCGAGACAGAUGGAUACCAGCAAUAUCACCAAGGUCAGAGAGCUGAGGGGUCCGCCGUUGACGGCGAUUGAAAGCAGAAUGUACGGAAUUAUCAGAUCAGAGGGUUGGCAGGCAAGGAAGCUAACAAAGAAACAGACAAGCAAUACAGAUGAUGAAGGACAGUUAAGGCAAGCAAGGUCAGAGUUACCUGUCUCCUAGAGACCUGAUCAGGAAACAUGUACAUCCAGGCCAGGAAGAUGCUGUUUGGGGUGGUUGCCACUGAGAUGGCAGCAGUCGUUGCGCUCACUCUGAAUUAGGUCUGUUUGUUUUCAGUGACAUUGUUAUGAGACCAUAUUUGUUCAGCUAUGUGACAAUGGCACUGUUACUAGGAUGAACAAUUCUGACUUUAGGAGAAAAUAAUACGUGAAAACUGCAAGCAAUUAGGGUUCCACCCUCUGAACAUCUCUUGAAGAGAGGAGGGCCUCAGAUGUUGAUCAUGUGGGUAUUGGAAUAAAAAUAAUAAUAUGGAGUUUGUAUCUUGGUUCUCUUACAAAUAGAAGAUAGCAGUACAGCUUGAACUGCAAACUUUAUUAAUGAACAACUCCAUCAACUCCAUUAUUUUCCUUUCUCUUUCUCCACCAUCCCUCAUGGCUUCACAUCCUCUUCCUACUGGAUCCUUUUGGGGACUAGGGUUGCCCGACCUCAAGAGCUUUGCUUGGCUCCUUCCAGGUGGCAGGUGGGAGGGGGGCUUGAAUCUCUAGGGGGACAAGAGCCCCUUUUUAAAAAAUAAGAAGACUGUGCAUGUGGUUUGCAAGUGUCAUUAAAAGCAGUUCACAAGAGCUGUUCAGAACAAGCACAGGAACAACUCCUUUAGUUGAGGUUUCUACCUUAAUUUCCAACCUUUGCUCCUUUGUUAGACUGUGUGUGUUUUAUUUAAAUGACGUGCUCUCAAUGAAUGAAAAGCACCCUUGUUUCACCUUCUUCCUAUCAUAACCAUCCUAAUUUCCUUUUUUAAAAAAGUUUUAGUUUUUUAUAAUAUUUAUCAGCAACCUCUCUGGCAUAGGGAGGCAUCAGUGCUGGUAGGCUCUAGCAAGGCAAAGUGGGCACAGCAGCUGCCUUAAGAUGCUGGCUGUUGAUGCAGGGUCUGAAAGUGAUGAAUGUUAGAAUAUCAUUGGAGGGGGAUAUCAAUGUAGAACAUAAUGAUAGUCUGUAAAUCCUAAGCCAUAUGUUAGAAUUGAAAGCUCUUAAGACCAAUUUAAGACGCCCUCCCACCAGAUGUCAAAGAGAACAACUACCAGACUUUUAGAAGACAUCUGAAGGCAGCCCUGUUUAGGGAAGCUUUUAAUGUUUGAUGUAUUACAGUAUUUUAAUAUUUUUUUGGAAGCUGCCCAGAGUGGCUGGGAAAGCCCAGCCAGAUGGGCGGGGUAUAAAUAAUAAAUUAUUAUUAUUAUUAUUAUUAUUAUUAUUAUUAUUAUUAUUCUAUGCUACAUAUAAUCAGUUUCUGUGUAUUUUUUUCCUUUGCUUUCUAAUCUCCAUUUCAUUCCCAUUGUGCUCCUUUCUCUCUCUCACACACACACUUCUUGAUGUUCCUUCAUGAAUGGUGAUACCUGAAAGUGAACACAAGGUUCUCCAUGGAGCUUUUCCAGUGGUGCUAUUGUUAUUUCUUUAAACUCUGAUAUAAUAUUCAUACUACGUCUUUUGCCACUGCAUCACAUCAUUGGCUCAUGUAUUGUUUGAUAGCACAAUAUUCUGCCACAUUUCAUUUUGUCAACAUAGCCCCUUAUUGCAUCUGUGGGCAAUUUUCUUAAGAGUGCGCAGAAACAGCUGAAUUAAUUGCAUUUAGGCAUUAUUGUGUUCAAAAGGGAAAAUUUCUUCAGUUAUGUGACGCAAUUUCUGCCUAUCUGGAGUAAGGCUAUGAAGAGCUUGAAUGAAUAUGAUAAACACUUGUUGUGAUAACAUUCACCCACAGAAUUAAACAGAUGGAGAGGAUGCUUUAGAAAUAUUUGCCAGUCUUAUAUAACUGAAAACUAGCUUUGUGAAGAAGUAUUGAACUCAAAAAUCUUGCUUAGAAGAGCUGUGUGACGCUUUUCUCACAGAAUCAAAAUACAGUCACAAGUUUCACCACACAGAAUCAAGAUUAGCCUCAUACUUCUGCUGGCUCAACUUUCACCAUAUUGUGCUUGAGGCAGCUAGUCGUUCUAUGGAAAAUUGUAUUAGAACCAAGGACCAGGUACAAAGGUCUAACACAGGGGUGCACAACAUGCGGUCCUCCAGAUGUUGUUGGACAAAACCUCCCCUCAUCCCUGAACACUGGCUAUGCUGUCAGGGGCUGAUAGAAGUUGUAGUGCAGAAACAUUUGGAGGGCUGCAGGUUGUGCACCCCUGGUCUAAUGUGUCCUUAUUGCAGAUCACAUUGGCUUUAAGCCCCCCCUACCCAAGAAUCCUUGGGCCUUUGGUUGUCUGGGUCAGCAUUUGAAUGCGGGAAGUAAAGGUAGGGGGUCUACAGUAAAGCCAAAAAGUUCCACACCCUGACUGUGUCCAAUCUUAGCUGAAUCAUGCUCCUCACAGACUUCCCCGAAAAAAGCAAUGGAAGACAACACAAAAGAUAAAGGGGAAGCUUCCUCCUCAGCCCUCCUCUUCUACUUUAAGUCCUGGUCUCAAUAAAUACCUCUCCACUUACAUCCAUCAUGAAACAUAGCAGAGAUUCAGAUCAAAAGAAAGGGCACAUUAUCCUGAAAAACUGACUUGUUUUUCAAACCCAAUUAAAAAGACCUUACAAGCUUAAGCAAACGACACAACAAACAACUAGAUAGACACACAGCUGAAAAUUUCUCCAAGUUCUUCAAGUUGAAGAAGAGGGGGAAGGAUAGAGAGGAAUCACAAUGGGAAGGAGAAAUAAGCAAGUUAGCUAAUAAUAACAAAAUAGGAUGAUGGUGUCCCAUUCACCUCACUUCUGGGGUGACCUCUGUGUUGAGGGCGUGGCAUUUUGUGAGAUGCAGUUGAAGGUGGUUCUUCUCAGUGACAAACCCUAGAUGCCAGCUACUUUCCCCAUCAGCACAGGUAACUGGGGAAGAGACAGAAAUGACACCUUAGCCAUUUCAGAUAGUCAUUUUUUAAAAUACAUCACACAAUUUCUAGACCGCUUGAUUGUGAUAACAGCUCAAAGCAGUUUACAAAAAGGAAUAAAACAAUAAGUAAGUAAGUAAAUAUUUUAAACCUUCAAAAAAGUUAAAAAUGAACAAUAAGCGGAAAAGGAGAUUAGACUAGAUGAGCCUUGUACUCCCUUCCAAUUCUACAAUUCUAUGAUUCUAUGUCCUGAUAAGCUUGCUUAAGCAAAAAUAUUUUUAGCAUGCGUGAAAAAGAUCACAGUGGAAGCACCUGCCUGAUGUCAAUAGGCAGGGAUUUCCAAAGUGUGGGUGAUGCCACACUAAAAGGUUGAUUUCUUGCAAGUGCGGAAUGAGUACUACGUGGUAUCUGUAACAGUGCUAGUUCUGCAGAUCGAAGUAGUCGAGUGGGCAUAUAUAACUCUAUAACAAGAUAACAUUAGUUCCUCUUCUCCCUAUAAAGAUAAACUAAUCACCCAUAUAAUAAAAACCCCAAAUCAGAAUGAUUUAAAAAAGAAACUCCUCCAAGCACCAGACAGUCAUAGCCUCCACUCUGCAAAAGAAUUAUCCUUUCCUUGACCUAAUUGUCUUAUAUAUAUUCCCAAUUCCACAUACACAUCUAGGGCAAGAAGUGUCAGCAGCGUAUACAGUUCCUUCUUCUAAUACCUGAGCCAUGGUCACAAGUAUUACAAAGCAUGUCUCUGGUCUUGCCCAUUCUGUCUACAGUCCCUCUAUUUCAAAGCCUGUAAAAAGGUAAAGGUAAAGGACCCCUGACAGUGAAGUCCAGUCAUGCAUGACUCUGGGGUUGUGGCACUCAUCUUGCUUUACUGGCCAAGGGAGCUGGCGUUUGUCCACAGACAGCUUCCGGGUCAUGUACCUAAGCCACUUCUGGUGAACCAGAGCAGCGCACGGAAACGCCGCUUACCUUCCCACUGGAGUGGUACCUAUUUAUCUACUUGUACUUUGACAUGCUUUCAAACUGCUAGGUGGGCAGGAGCUGGGGCUGAACAAUGCAAGCUCACCCGUCGUGGGGAUUCAAAUCACUGACCUUCUGAUCGGCAAGCCCUAGGCUCUAUGGUUUAGACCACAGCAAAGCCUGUCUGACAUAUACCGUAAAUAAACUGAAUCCAGCUUUGUGGAUUAAGGCUGCUUCCAGGCGAUCUGUUCAUUGACGCAUCACCCUGAUUUGUUUGCCCAGAAUUGCUAACUUCAAAAAUGAAAUGAACAAAAUGAAAAUGAAAAGCACAAAACCUGAAACUGCUAAAUUUAUUCUAAAUGGCAAGAAUAAAUAAUACAACAAUCCUUGAUUAUCAAGAAGCAAAUCAUUUUGAAUAAUCUUGUGAAUUGUGAUGUUAAAAUUUAAGUCUCUUAAUUUUUGUCAUCAAUUCCUUCAGGUCAAGUGCUGAUGCUUGGCAUGUUCAGUUGAUACAGCUGUCAAGCCAACUAGUCUCUUUUGCAACAAUGCUGAGUGUAUGUAAAUUUUUAUAAGUUUGAACUUUGAGAAACUGUUCACCACUUACCGCUGACACUGGAAGUGUAAGAAGGAUCCUUUAGAGCAACAGAAACAUUAGGCACAUUAUCCAAGAGUUUUUGCUGUAGGAUGAAGAGAAGUACUCCUUGUGGCAGAUGGACUUUGGAUGUCUUUGAGCUUUCAUUAUAAGUUCACAGCACAGAUCUUCAGCAUCAAUAUCUUGCUUUCCAUUGUGCACCACAGAACUUCCAAAUGCUUGCAGGCCUUAAGUACAUCUUCAGUAGAUUUUUUUGUUGAUACUGUAUGAUAUACUGUAUACAGGAAGAUAAAUAGGGAAUUAUAUUAUUGUAGCUUUCAGAAUCUCUCUUUGACUGUGCCCAGGGGGAGGAAAGGGAAGGGAAGUUCCAUUGCACUUCCAGGCACACACUGAUUUAGUUGGCUAUAACCCUGUCUCUAAGUUAGAGCAAGACUCUAUAGCAUUUUGCAUUAACUCCUAGUAUUGACUGCAUUUAGAGACAACAGGAUACCAGGCUUGAUUUAUGACAAGAAUGCUGAUAAGAGCACAUUCUGUGCUGAAGGGCUUAUAUCAGUGUCAGAAUUCUGCAGAAUUAAGAGAGUUGUGGUGAGGAGAGGUAAGAGAAGGAGUGGCAAUAAGCUUUAUGAUGCAGCUAGGCCUUGAGCCCAUCUGCACCAGCCUGUAAGUUGCUUUCCAGACCUGUUAGAAGUAAGGAUAUUUAUUACAAAUCAUUCCCUAAUUGAUCAUGGAGGAAAGCUAUAGCUAGCUGGCUGGCUUUCUCACAGUACAGACUUUCCUGGGGUUCAUAUAACCAAUUAGAAGCACAGGAUGUGACUGGUGCUCUCAGCAUGAUGUUGAAGGAACAGAAAUUCAAUCAUAAUUACUUUACAGUACAAAGAAGAUUAAAGAUGCUUGUAUGCAUCCCGACCCCACAGUGAAGUAAGGAAGCAAAGAUCUGUAGACAGCGUCAUUGCAGAAGCAUUUGGAUAGUCUGAAUGAUUGAUUGAUUGAUUGAUUGUGCUUUUAGACUGCUUUUCAUUCCAAAGAAUCCCAUGGUGGUGCUGGUGGGGAGAUAUAUAUAUUAAAACACACACACACACACAUUGUGCCAGGUUUAGGGAUGUGGGGUUGAAGAAAGGUGGUAGUAUUAUCCAUCACAAUGACUUGCUACAUGGCUUAGGAAUUCUGGGCUCCCUCAUCCCCUUCUAAAGCAAGACUUUGUGGGACACAAUUUCUCCACAAGAUGGAAUGUUUGGUGGAAAAGUGAUAAUAACCAGGUGAAAUAUGAAUUUAGAUUUUGUACUGAGUCAGACAACAGUUUUUCAGAGGCCUGCAGGCAGUUUUUUCGGUGCCCAUGUUUGCUUGCUUUCUGUUCUCUGGCCAAAUUUGGGUUUUCAGUGCUGGCUGCACCCUUGGAAAGCUGAAACGAAGAAGAAUGGUCACUAUUUCUGCAGCAGUAGAUGUGAUUACAUUUUGGAGUGUCAUCUAGUAGAGCUUUUCUGAGAGGUGAAUGGUCUGGUCAAUGCUUGAAUUAUGGGAGAAAGAUUUCUUAAUGGAAAUAUUGCCUUUAAUUCUCUUCCCAAUGUAUUUAUUGAUGAUGAAAACCUACUACCCAGGUCUUCAAUCAAAUGAUUUCCAGGGUGGUUUUUGCUAGUUAAACACAUACCAAUAAGAUUGGUCUAAAAUUGAUAACAGCAAUAGUACCACAACAGCCUCAGCUUAAAACUAUAAAAACCACCAGAUCUAAGAACUCACUAGUUCACAGAGUGCUGGGCAAAAAUAAUAAUAAAAGAAUAAAAAUCACCUGGUGCUGAAAAGACAUCAAACCCGGUGUCAGGCAAGCUGGUAUUGGGGUGCCACCACUGGGGAUAGAAGAGAAAUGUAAUUCAAUAUGCAUUUAAAGCCAAAUCUAUCUAAUUCAGACCUUCUGAAACAAUAAGCAAACUGAAACACAGCUAACAUACAGUGGUACCUCGGGUUACAUAUGCUUCAUGUUACAGACUCCGCUAACCCAGAAAUAUUACCUCGGGUUAAGAACUUUGCUUCAGGAUGAGAACAGAAAUCAUGCAGCGGCGGCACAGCGGCAGCAGGAGGUCCCAUUAGCUAAAGUGGUGCUUCAGGUUAAGAACAGUUUCAGGUUAAGAACAGACCUCCAGAACGAAUUAAGUUCUUAACCCGAGGUACCACUGUAUAUUACAGAGAGCUCCAGUAUGUUUGGUGUUGCAGAAUUAGGUGACAUCCAUGUAGGUAUGCCCAUACAGAGUGCUUGUCACACAGUUAGAAUGUCUUCAAUUACACCUGCCCAUUCAUCCCUCCCCCCAUCCUCCCAUACCAUCAUUUGACUCAAGGUUGUACAGAGAUUUCUAAAAGAAAUCCAGGUCAGGAUAAUUAUCUGUAACCUACAAUCACAGCAGUGUUGAGCACCACAAUGGCAAAUCAAUGCGUUGGCAAAGGUUUAUGACCUGUGGCGCGGCUUGCAGCGGAUUUCUAUAUUACGCAGAUCAAGAGGAAAUUAAGCUUGACCAGGUUUAUUAUCCUCCAGCAAUAAUGAGAAGUGCUCCUCGGUGAUAAGGUUUUGUUUUUAUUCUUCAUCUAUUUCAUUUGCUGGUGUAAUGGUCUAUGGCCUUGUGCACAUAAAACAACAAGGUCAUUGGUUCAACACUGUUGAGAAGCUUCUCACUGUCCCCUUCUUUGCAGCCUUUUUUGGAUGGGCCAAAGCUGUGACCAGGAAUGGCUUCUGUGUUCCAUCAGUGCUCCAUGGUGAUUUCUCAAUAUCCCAGGCCCCUUGACCCUGUGUAGCUGUGGGAGAGGUGGAAACUCAGACUUCCCCUCUGAUUAAGCAACUCGGAGUCUGCAACAAAAUAUGACUUGUUUAUUGGCCAGAAAAUUCAGGAUUAGCCCCCCCCCCCCCAGUAUCUAAUCUUUGGUUGAUAAACCCUCCACUGGGACCCGAUUUAGCUGUGGGAGAAGAGAAGGGAUUGAUUUAAAGGACAUAUGUAGUCUGGCAGAAGUUUCUGCAUUAAUAUUGCUGGCAUCCAAGCUGUCAAGAUUCUGUAUUGCGCCACCGCCGCCACAUUCCCCAAAUUAAUAAGAGUCCUUCUUGCUUAAUUCUCCCUACCCCAGACUGCUCUUGUGACUGAAUGAAGAAAUGUCAUUCCAAUUAAGGGGGAAUAAGUCCAACAAAUGGCUUUGGGUAUGGAUAAUUUUUUUGUCACUGAAAUGAGCAGAAGGCAAACCUAUUAUUCAAUUUUAGGACUCUGCGCCUAAAUAAAUAUGUGAAGUGAUGCAAGUUUCAAUCAGCAUGUCAAAUUUGGAAAAGAAACUUGCAGGUUCCUUCUCCUUUCGGUUACUUACAAGUACUUUGCAUUUGGAGCAGAUUUUGAGGGGGUGAGAGAGGAAAAUGAGGAUGGGUAAAUCCAGUCGCACAAGGGUAAAUCUGUUACUUGAGUUGAACAGCUACUUUGCAUAAAACCCUUCAUUUCUCAUGAAGAACCCCAAAACUGUGCUCAUUGAUCAAAAUAAAAUAAUACAGAAAUUAAGCAAUAUUCCCUGUACUUUACUUACUAUGUAUAAUUUAUUCUGCUCCUAAUGAUUUUAAUUUCCAAGGGCACUGAAUGCACUGAGGCAAUAGGAAAAGGGAAAGAUGAGGAAAUGAAGGAUAAGUGUAGGUAGGGAAAGCUAUUUAAUAGAAUCCUAUGCUGGAAUUUCUGCUCUCCUUUUGAGUUUUGGCUGGACAUGGCCCAAACAUUCUCAGCCUUUUCCUGUGGCCACAAAGACUGGGAACUCGUUUCUUCAAAACCAGAAUUUGGAUUCUGAGGAGGCUGAAUACCAUGCCAGGCCAGAAUCUGAUCCUAUUGAUGUACCGGUAGUCAACCUCAGGAUCCACAAAUUACACACACUUCAUCAGAUUCUCAGGCAUAUGUACAAAAUUCCAGUAGGGUUCAAUUGUUUGUUUGUUUGUUUGUUUUUUAAAAAAACACUUUACAGCAUAGUAUGGUGCAGUGGUUAGAGUGCCAGACUUGGACCUGGGAGCCCAGAGUUCAAAUCCUGUAUCCCAUGAAGCUCACUGGGUGACUCUGGGCCAGUCACUGCCUCUCAACCUAACCUACCUCACAAGGUUGUUGUGGGGUUGAAUGCAUGCCACCUUGAGCAUAUUGGACAAAAGGGUGGGAUUUAAUGCAGUAAAUUAAAUAAAUAGAAUAGAAUAGAAUAGAAUAGAACAGAAUAGAAAAUAGAAUAGAAUAAAGGCAUGUAAUUAUAUACAUUCCUACUCAGAAGGAAGUCCUAUUGAGCUCAGUGGGGCUUACUCCCUCGCAAGUGAGAAUAACAGAUUGCAGCCUCAGUGUUUCACUUCUUCUCUGCACCAUUUAUUACUGUAGAAAGCAAUUUACAAAAUCUUCCGAAAUCAAAAUCUUGCCGUCAAACUAAAGUAUCCAAAUUAAGUAAUGUAUGCAAAUUUGCUUUAAAAUGCCUGAAUUAUUUUUAGUUCCUCCCAACAUCAGGAUGGAAUGCUAUGUGUGCUUUUUCCUGGUACAGAGUUGUUGGCUUCCCCCCUCCAAAUGUAUCUGGCAAAGUUCGGAGCCUUCAGAGAGGCUGCCCGCUUCCUACGCCUCUCCUAUGUAGCAUAUCUACUAUCUGCAAUACGGUGGGGGACGCACGACCAGCUUUCUAGAGGCGAGUUCUUCAGGCACACAUUUGAAUGGCUGCUAAAUGGUAUGUGGCAGACCUGAUGGUGAAAAGACCUGUGUAUAUUUGUUUUCUCACACAACCUUGUCGGACCAUUAAACUUUGGAUCAUUAAACUUCAUUGUCUUUAGAUUACCUCAACUGAGCACUCAUGCUCAAAUGCCUUCUCUCAAGGGGCCAAAGACUGACAUUCAGUUAUCUUCUGCACAAUGCUUACAAUAUCCAAGCAGCCUGCCAGGUGGAUGGAGACAGAACGCCGAUUCUGUACUGCAUAGUCUAGCUGUUGCCAGAUGGAAGGUACGGCUGCUUGGGUCUGACAGAGCAUAUGGUUAGGGUGCUUGGAAGUCUGCUGUGACAUAUUCACUCCUUGCUCCUGGCUAUUCCUACAGAGCAUCACAGACUUGGGCAAUCUCUAGGCGAUCUUUAUUAGGGGUACAUAUGGUCCCAUUUGUUGUUAAAGCACUCAUCAGAGACUUCUGAGUAAUGCUUGCCUUGUAAAUUAACAAGUAUGGUUACGCUUAUAUUUGCUGCAUAUGCUCAUUUACUGAAUGGCUGGAGGCCGCAGGUGACUUGAAAAGAGAUGCUAAUGUGCUAAAGGGAAGGAUAAUUGCAUUUUGAACAUGUUUGCUGCUUUCCUUUGUCUGUUGCACCAUCUGGCUCCUCUCCCGACAAAGAACCCCUUGCCAGGUUUCCAGCAACGAUCUCCUUGGAGCCAGACGCUCGCUAUGCCUAGCUUUGCCUCUUUGGCAAGGGCUUGCAGCUUGAGAUGCACCUGAGUGCAUCUUGAAGCUAUAUUGGCUCAUGUUUCUUGAAAGCAGAUGAAAGCUCUUCAUUCUUGGGUUCUACGUUGCAUAUUUAUCAGGGCUUUUUUCAGCUGGAACUCACCGGAACUCAGUUCUUGGUGGGCGCCCUUGCCAUGAUAAGAGAACAACAGCAUAAUAAGAGAACAAGGCGUUCAUGGUGAGUUCUGGCACCUCUUUUUCUAGAAAAAUAGCACUGAUAUUUAUCCUCUCAAUACUAGACUGGGGAAGGGCUGUAUCUUUACUAUGUCUCCAGGCAGGACCAGCAAAGAUUCCUGUCCAAAGUCCUAAAGAGCUGCUGUCAGUCAGUCAGCAGUAGUUGGUGGGACAGUGCAGGCAGGACAGCACUGCACACCUCACUUCCCAAUCACUGCCACAUACUGGGGGAGAGACAGGGCAAGACCAGGGCUAGAUUUAGGUUUAAUGAGGCCCUAAGCUACUGAGGCCCUUUAUUUGUCCAGCUGUCCUUUGUCAACAACAAAUUGUCACUGUUAUAGACUUCCGGAAUGGAUUAAUUUUGAAAACCAAGGUACCACUGUAUAUAGAAAUGAGCUGGCCUCAACCAGGGCCAAGGCCUUUUGGGCCUUGGCUCCGGCCUGGUGGAACGCUCUGCCACAAGAGAUCAGGGCCCUGCAGGAUUUGACAUCUUUCCACAGGGCCUGCAAGACGGUGUUGUUCCGCCAGGUCUUUGGUCAGGGCUCAGCCCUUUUUGUAUAAGAACUAGUACGAAAGGGACCUCGCAGCAUUCUCACAGGCCCAUAUAAGAUCAGCGUACACAGUUGGGCCUGAUGAGCGUUUACUGUUCCCAACCCAAAUCCUGCGGAAAGCCAUCUAAUUCAGAUUUUAAUUCUAUCCUGGUUUGUUUUUAAGAGGUGGUUUAAUUAUUGUUUGAUUUUAUAUCAAUGUUUAUAUUUGAUGUUAGCUGCCCUGAGCCUGAACAAUAAAAGUUGUUGUUGUUGUUGUUGUUGUUGUUGUUGUUGUUGUUGUUAGAGCCUACACAACACAAAACACUGUUGCUGUAUGUAGGUUUUAUUUUAUUUGUUUUUUAUCUUAUAUUUUGGAAAUGUACAUCCAGGGUUUUUUUCCUUUAAAUUUUUUUGGGUCCCCCAAGAGAGUGGGGCCCUAAGCUAUAGCUUGUUUAGCUUAUACGUAACUGCAGCACUGGGCAAGAUGUGAAGGGCUCAGUGCUGCUGUGCUCACACUGCUGAGCUCCUUGCUUUUCCCUGCUCUCAGUAAGCAGCAGUAACACUCGGCAUUGGGAAGCCAGGUGUGCAAUGCCGUCCUGGCUGCGCUGCCCAGCUGAAUGCUGCUGCUGCUGCUGCAAUCAGUUUAGACAAUACUGAGCUAGAUGGCUCAUUGGUCUGACUCAGUAUAAGGCAGCCUCUUUUGUUCCUAGAUUUCAAGCUGAAGAGACUGGGCACUUGUAUCUCUGCAGGCCCUGCCGGCAGGAAGCUCAGCUGCAUAGCUGUUAUCCGAAAGACUACUCUUUCUAAAGAUCUGUGGUUGGUUGCUAUGCUGGCUUUCAAUCUUGGGUGAACUUCUGCUUUUUUCUUUAUUUAUAUUGCUUUCUACCUAAUAACAGAACAAUUGAGAAUCAAUGCGGUUGCCGUGAAAUAUAUAUUUACAUGUAAAUCAUGCACCAAGGUUAGGAGUGCACACAACCCCCUUGAGAAAUUUUGAUAUCCUUAUCAAAACAUCUUCUUUUCUCUCCCCCCCCCCCUUUUGCUUCAGAAUUCCUUGAAUCAUUUGCUCUGGCAGGAGCUUCUGGUUAGUUUUGAAAUUUCACAUGUGGUGAAACUUGGUAUCCAUUUUAGGAUACUUAUUUAUAUUAUCCAAUUCAUCAGCACAUCAUUCCUUUUGUUAUCAAGUGUGCUGCCACAAUUCCUCCAAACGUUUACCAAUUUUCCAAUAGUGGGGCUGCCUCAUACACAACGUUGUCCUCACCAAAAUGCCACCCCAUAUUAUUUUUCCAUUUAAUCUGGAUUUACCUUUUCUUCAGAAAGUCUAAUAAGUAAAACACAAAACAAAACAUGGAAACAGUAAAUCAGGAUUAAAUUGGGGUAGGGGAGAUAUGGGAUGGCAUUUUGAUGAGGAUGGCAACGUGUAGAUGCUGUGAAAAACAUGCAUGUGUGAACCCACAAUAAACUGUGGAAGUACCCUAACUCUGAAAAUGGUAAGGACAGGGUAUGUGUGUAUACCAGUACAGUUCUUAAAGGUGAGAUUCAUGUUCUUAGAUGUACUAAGGACCUAUGGAACUCGGCCUGGUCCACAUUGCUUUUCUUAAAAAAAAUAAAAUAAAAGGUUUGCAUGAUACUCUGCAUUCCAUGCACUUAUUUCUGGUAUUGUGAUUGCUGCCCAAUCCUAUGCAUGUGUACCUGAAAGUAAGCUGUAUGAGUUCAAUGGGAGUUCCUCUGAGUAAGUAUAUAUUGGUUUAUUAUAGCAAUCAAAAGGUCAUCCCCUCCAAAUGAAAUCACGAGGCUUUGCCAUUAGAAAUGCAAUAAUCAAAUAAAUAAACAAGUUAUUUGAAUAAUGCUGCCAGAUGCAAGCACAUCACAUACUGUAGGAAACCUUGUACAUAUCCAAAAUGGCAUGUUUUGCUAUGAUAUGCUAAUAUGCAAGCAGACCUAAGUGAGUUACUGCAGAUAUACAACAGCUAGGAAAGGAUAAUACCUCAUCUGUAUUUCAAAAUAUUUAUCACGUAAUGAGAAGGCAUGGAUAAUGGCACAAAGAAAAGGAGGUCUUGCCGAGGGCUAUCAAGCUGCUCAGUAGCAGGGGCAAACCUAGCACUGAUUUCUGAAUGCCAUAUGGAUGGUGCUCUACAGAAAUAUCUGUAACCUAUAUUUCAUUGCCAGAGAAUCCAGUUGGGUCACUGUCAUAGGAUGUUUUAGCUCAGUAAGAAGCCCAGUGGGGGCUGAGCAAUCCCUGAGCAGCAGCAGCAGCAACCGCUGGCUCUCUCUCUCUCCCUCCCUCUCUCCCAGUGCUUUGCCGUUGGUUAAGCACACUCCCCCUCUCUUUCAGCAUCACGGAGCAUCCAGCUUUGAGGGAUAGGGAUUGCCAGUCAUGUUCAGAAGUCAAAGCCUCCCUCAUCAGCUCUCCCUUUGUCAAGAAUGAAGCAGGUUCUUGGGGAAAGGGCUCCUUUGUAAUUGGGCAGGGGGAGGAAGGCUGCUCUCUGAAAGUAAUUACUUUGAGAAAGUGUUUUUGUCUCGGCCACCACGAGAUUUCACAAAGUGGAAAGAAGAGUGCGAAGACAGAAGCAAGGAGCUUGGUUCGUCGCAGCAAUGAAACAGUAACUUCAGGUAAGUGGCUUUCCUUUUAUUCAUCAUCCAGGAAGGACAAUUAGAACUGGGGUAGGCAUGCUUUUUCAUUUUCUGUGCGUCUUAUUUUGUUGGUGGGAGAGAAGUGUUUGUCUCUUACUGUACAGCUGAGAAUUAGCAUGUUUUAUCAGCCCCUGCCAUCACUUAUAAAACAGCAUUCUUGGAAAGCUAAUUUUAGUUUGAAGACAGACAAUAGUUUUUAAGAGAGUUGAAGGUGGGAACAUGGAAGCAUAGCUUCACUGUGGAGCCAUAUACCCUUAUUUCUUUCAUUUCUGGUUGAACAUGUUUUGCAGGGGGUUUUUUAACCACCGCUACACAAAUUUGCAAAACCCACGAACUGAGACAAUGGGGAGUGAUCGUUCAUGCAGUGUCACCUUGUCGCCUUUGUUUCUCUGAAAGGAAUAUUGUCUGUUGCUAAGCUUCAGGUGGUGGUACAGAGGCACGUGCUGCAAGCAAUAGUGCUAGGAGUUUCCAAAUGUUUGUUGGAUGAGAUGGAGAAAGAUGUGCAAAAGGUGGGUCACUUACUGGUCAGCAUAUAGGACUUAUUCCUAUCUCCAGAGCACAGCACAGCGAUGUUGGAGGGUUCUGGUCUCAUUCACCUUCCCAGGAAGCUUUUGAAGUCUGAUUCUUCUGGUCACUGACUAGUUAUAAGCACUCUCCUUUAUCUGCAGAUGCUGGAUUUACAGACUGAGGGACAAGGUUCUGGCUGGUGCACCUUGACAUUCUCUUUUGCCAGCUACAUUCAGCCUGCUUCUGGGCUGCAUCCUACACAUAGAAUUAAAAGAACGGGCCAGUUCUUGAGCAUUCUGUAGCCUGUAACAGCUUCUGUGUAGCAGUUAAAUGCAACAGAGAGGGAGUGACUUUUCAAGAGACUCCAGGUGCUUCCAGAUAUCGCAAAUAGGCCAUUGAGAUAUCACAAGAAAGUCAUUGGCAACAGGUAGUUUUAAAAAACACAACUUACUGGAUUUCCUUCAGAAAGGGAAAAUUCAGGUUCAAUGGUAGAAAAACUUGGGUUGGCAUUUUGAUGCCAACGAUGUCAUGUGAACACAGCAAAGUGCUCUCUGUUUCCUUCCUCCACACCAUACUUGUCCUCCCUUUGCAAAGUGCAUGGCAGAUCACAUCCGCAGGCAUAACUGUUGACUAAUUCCUGGCAAAGAAAGUAUUUCACUAGUCCAACUGCACGGGAAACUCAUGCUUGAGGAGCAGUGCGGGCAUAGGUUUUAAAAAAGCGAACCCCUACAAGUGUUCCUUACAAUGGGAAUACCAGAUGCAUAACCUAACCUAAGCACAAUUCAUUUGCUGCCCAUCCUGUCCCCCCCCCUUCUAGACAGCUUUGCAAUUUACUCUAAGUGCCACCAGAAAACAGCUGUUUUUCUUGCACUUGUCCUAAGGAGUGAAUCCUGUUGAGCUGAAUUUCCAUGAAAUGACAUGUUUAAGAAUAUCUGGUGUCAUCUUCAAAUGCAUUUCACAAGCAUUUGAUGCCCAUGAGAAGAAAAAGCUUGCUCAGAUGGAAAUAUCUGGGUUGGGUUGGUUCAACAGAAUGAGGCUAUGACAGACGUCAUGAAUAUGGUGUCGGACAUAGCUCUUCGUUUUGCUGGAUUUGUAGUCCAGAAGUGUGAAGAUUUGUUUGGGUUUUUAGCACGGGGCCUUUGGCUUACUGAGCAUGGAGGGGGUCCUUGAGGAGUGGGCUGAAGAUUGUGCUCUGUGGUGCUUCGGGGCGUUCCAUUUUAACUUGCAGUUUUGUGAAUCCUCCGUACUUUCCCUUUGCCCCUCACUUUCCGCUGUCUGAAAGAAGCAUCACACCGAACAAGGAACAGCUGUUUCUGUUGAUCCCCUGAGCCAGAUGCUUGACAUGACGAAACAGCACCGAUUUGGAAAAAGCAGAGUGCUGUCUCACGCUAAAUGUAAAACAUUGUUGUUGCAAUCAUCAAGAAAACAACACAGCUGAACCGAGAGUGUUGGUGGCUGCCCCCUCCUGGCUGUGUUGUCUGGAUCUUUUCACAGAGUCUUCAGAGCACAGCCCCAUCUCUCACCUUUCCUUUGGGAAUGUGGCUUUAGCCGCCUGCCUGAUUAAAAAUAAAUAAAUGACAAAGAACUGACUAAAAGGUGUCAGGCAGUGAUCAGGUGAUACCUUUGUGGUGAGUGAUUUAGUACAAAGCAAUGUACACAAAGCCGUACCAUGCAGACAUGAGGUUCAAAGUUGUGCAAGUUGUUAUAGGGCUGCUAUCUAAAUCCCUCAUUUGAACUGUGCUGCCUGAUCUCACAAAUCCCUUGAUCUGCUGUUUGGACAAGUAGGGAUCAUUCAGUGCUGGUACUGGCGUAGUUCCAGAUUCCCAUGUGGCUCGCAGGUGUCAGAUACAUCAAAACAAAACAAAACAAAACAAAACAAAACAAGGCAGUUCCCUUAAAAGCUGUAUUCUGCCGCUGGAUUUCUGAGCCACCUGGGACAAAUCACUUAAUUAGGCUUCAUCAUUUCACCUCCCUGGCUGUUUUCUCUUGAGGUCCUGGACGACACAGACAUUCCACUAAGUUCCUAAGUGCUUUUGAGGAAUUGCAGAUGCUGUAAGACUGUACAGAGAGAGCAGCUGUGCUCUGAAUAUCGCUGAAGAGCGACCCAGUGAUACUAUGUGAGAGGUACUUUCACAAUGCACCCUCAACUUCUGUGGUCAGAAGUAAGUCUUAAUCAGUCCCUAGUAAUUUUGCAGAAAGGUGAAUGAUUCACAACAUACAUACAUACAUACAUACAUGUUGUUGUUUAGUCGUUUAGUCGUGUCCAACUCUUCAUGACCCCCUGGACCAGAGCCCACCAGGCACUCCUGUCUUCCACUGCCUCCCGCAGUUUGGUCAGACUCAUGCUGGUAGUUUCGAGAACACUAUCCAACCAUCUCGUCCUCUGUCGUCCCCUUCUCCUUGUGCCCUCCAUCUUUCCCAACAUCAGGGUCUUUUCCAGGGAGUCUUCUCUUCUCAUGAGGUGGCCAAAGUAUUGGAGCCUCAGCUUCAGGAUCUGUCCUUCCAGUGAGCACUCAGGGCUGAUUUCCUUAAGAAUGGAUAGGUUUGUUCUUCUUGCAGUCCAUGGGACUCUCAAGAGUCCCCUCCAGCACCAUAAUUCAAAAGCAUCAAUUCUUCGGCGAUCAGCCUUCUUUAUGGUCCAGCUCUCACUUCCAUACAUCACGACUGGGAAAACCAUAGCUUUAACUAUACGGACCUUUGUUGGCAAGGUGAUGUCUCUACUUUUUAAGAUGCUGUCUAAGUUUGUCAUUGCUUUUCUCCCAAGAAGCAGGCAUCUUUUAAUUUCGAGGCUGCUGUCACCAUCUGCAGUGAUCAUGGAGCCCAAGAAAGUAAAAUCUCUCACUGCCUCCAUUUCUUCCCCAUACAUACAUACAUAUGAAUAAAAAUGCAGUAUUACAGCCUUACAGUGCAAUCCUAUCCAGAAGCAAAUGCUCUUGAAUCCAAUGAGAUUUUCUGCCAAGUAAGUAUACAUAGGAGUGCAGCCAUGUGUUAUCAGAGUACGUGCUAUGCAGCCCCUCCAACCGCCUGGAAAGUCUGAGGGACAAAGGAAGUGAAGACUAGGAACAAAGGCAUUCUUAACUGAAUCCUAAGCCCUUGCUCAGCACUUCUGGAGGGAGUGAGGUGGCUGCAUCUCUCCUCCAGUGGAUGGGGGUCAACUGUAGUGGAGAGCCUCCCUACUGAAAGCAAGGGCAGCUGGGAAGAUACCACCAGCAGUGUUCUUGACUGUAUUAGCUGGGGGUGAGAGCAGAGCAGAACAGGGCUGGUGAUGGAUCUGCAGGAUCCAAAGCCAGUUCAUUUCUGCUUUACCAGCAUGCCAAGCUUCCACCCUGGUGAGCAGGAGCUGGAGGGCUGUGGAUGUGGCAGUGAAUUCACUGUUCUAUGCCUCCCAGCCCCUUGCUAGAAUUGGUCUGCUUGGAAACAAUCCUAUGAAAUGUUACCUGCGAGUAAGCUUGAUGGGGCUUACUGCUGAUCUGAGUAGACUUGCAUAGGAUUGCAAUGCUAAUCACAUUUUCUUCUUCUUGCUGGGACCUAAUGGUCAUUGGUAUGCUUCCAUUUCUGCCUGCCCCAUCCACCAGUACACAGUAUUUCUACUGCUUCCAGGAUGUGAGGUAAAUAGCAUUGCACUCCUCCCAGGUGCGAAAAGUUAGCUAGUUGUCCUUUAGAAAUACCGUAUAUAUUAUUCUCAGCAUUCCCUCAUCCUCUACAAGGCAUGUUUGCUAUUUUAAAGGUACCCCUUACCAGCAACCUGAGGGAAGGGUGAAACAACUGGUGUAUAAUAACUGCAGGAGUAAUAAUGAAAGUUGUGAUAAGAAAAGGAAAUUAAUUGCCAGAGGAAAGGGAGCCAAAGUGAUAACUGGGAGAGCAUGGAGGUAAAGGGAAGCUGUGAAUGUUUAAUUUGACACACAAAGAUGGGGAUUUAGCAGCAAUUUAAGGCUCCUCUUUUAUUACUAUAAAAAGGCAAAGGUAGAUAAACACUAUUACACGGAGAGCAGGACAACAAUUGGAGAAAUUACCCUGAGUUGGAAGGAAAUGUAAUGUCUCUUUGUACGUUUUCAUGCCCAAAGCUGGUGAUGGAAAUGGCUUCCAUCUCUUGAUAAUUAGAUAUGAAACAGCGAAAGACGGCUGGGGCGGUUCAAACACCCUUAUUUCCAGCUUUUCACUAAUGAUAACUUGUGAUUGUAAAGGGUCCUCUCCUCUUGAUGUUAUUUUCUUCUAGUCUAUAUGCUUCUCCCAUUCCAUUCGCUGGAGGCAAUCAAAACUCACUGCUCUUGGGAGGAAUUUUUUAAUUAAAGUGCUCUGUUUCUACAGAGUGUGUUUUUGGUUAUCUCUUCCCCUUUGCCUUGUUUAUACAUGCCUUCUGUCACUAAGCUACUGCUAACUUCCAAGUAUUAUUCCAGGUAACACAUUCGGGUAAAGCCCACAAUUUGUCAUCUACAGAGUAGGGCAACUAUAACAAAUUGCAGUUCUUUUAGGGGGGAAUGUGCUUUAAAUAUAUGGUGUGUACAUAGGGCAGGGGUCCAGAAAGCUCUGAGAUGUAGAAUUAAUGUCCAAAUUAACAAAUUUGGUAUAUUGGAUCAAAAGAGAAUGACAAAAGCCUGAAAAGGUUGCCAAAAAUGCCCCCUUUAAUACUACUUACCAAACAUUGAUCAUACAGAAAGAACGAUAUUUACCUUCUCUUGAUAAUUUUUAAACCUAGAAUAAUUAAUAUUCAGCUGUAUCACUUGUUAUGCCCAUUUAACAAUAUCAAAGGUGGAGAGUAUACCAACCAUGUUUUCAUACAAAUAUGAAUCUGGUGACAAAACACUAACUUCUUAAUUGCUUACACACACACACACAGACCCCAAUUCUGGUUAAAGGAUGGUUCCAGUUCUAGAAAUAAAUUCAGAGUCAAAGCAAGCAGAAAUGGAGAAAUACAAGCACAACCCAGAAAUCCUGUGGUAAGCAAUUAAAGCUACAGUGUGUUGUGGCAAACCCCCCCCCCCCCCACAAAACUCAGCAGAGCCCUGUGGCACCACUAACACCGAAAAUUGUAUUGUGACAUAGAUUCCACAUCUUCAGUAGGGCAGGAUAAUUAAGGCAGUGACAGAUCAAAUCUGGAGCAUUAGCAGGAGGCUUUCAGUUAUUGCACAGCAUGCCAUGUCAUGAGGUUAGAGGCUCAGGAAAUUAUAAGGAGAAAGCUUUGCUAAGAAGGGACUGCAAUCCUCUCCUGCAAGUUAUCAGUGCCCUAACCUGUUGCCUUCAGAACAACAGCUCUCAUUUUAAAAAAAUCUGCUCUGAAGGCCUGAAUCAAGAGUCAACCUAAGAUCUGGACAAAUAUUUACUUACAGUAAAUAUUUACUUAUACUUAUUCACGAGAAAAUUACCAGAAAGUCUGCUACCUCUGAUGGCAGAGGAAGGGUUGAUCCAGCACUAGAGUAAUUUCUGAUCCCAUGCAGAUACCAGUAGAUCAUUAUUCCACCAAUCACACCCCAAAGGGAGAUCAAGAACUUUUAGGAUCAUAUUACUAGGGCAGAUCAAUUCUACAUUAGGGUGCUGUUAGUGUUUAAUAAACCUUGUAGUUUUGCAACUGUUCAGAUAAUCCAAGCUCCACCUUUCAUAGAUGGCAUCUACCCUAGAAGUGCAUGUCCACUAAUGUUAUCACAUUUCAGUUGUAUAGUAGUCACAAUAUCAGCAAUUCAAGUCCUUUGACUUUGUUGUCUGAACUUUAUUAGCAUAAUGGCUUCUAAGCUGUUUCCCUCUAACCUUACGGAGUACCUUAGCCUGAUUCUCCAGCCUAUAUCAUCAAAACAUAGUAUGAGAUCUUACUCAACUUUAGUUGACCUCUAAAGUACUUUCCUGGCUUUAAUUAAAUCCAUUGCUUCCUAAAAGUCUAUCAUGUUGGAAUCUUAUUCCGUCCCAUUAAAAGGUCUACUUAUUUAUGUAACAAUCAACUUAUUUCUAGUAUAACGUUUCUGAAUCAUGGGGGCUCACGUUCCUCUAUUUCUUUUUAAAUCCCUCUAGAGAUGCUGGCUAGACAUUCUAAUAUUCUUUGCUGCAUGGAGGAACAUUAUCAUGCAUGCGCACAACUUGCAGUCUGAACUAAUCCAGUCCAAAUACAGGCUGUGUACACAUAACCAGAUUAAAACUGAGCUUGGGACUGAAUCUGCCUAGAUGGAUGACCUCUACUGGGAGAGGAACAGGGGGACUUCAACCCUGUUGCUCUUACUAGGUUUUCCAUGGGCUUUUGAUACUAUUGACCAUUGUAUCCUAUUGGAUACUCCACAGGAGAUGGGUUUAAGGGACACUGUUCUGCAGUGGCUCUGGUCUUACCGCCGGGACAGGUUCCAGAAGGUAGCAUUGGAUGAGUGCUCCUUGGCCCCCUGAUUAUGUGGUGCCACAGGGCACUAUCUUGUCUCUGAAGCUAUUUAACAUCUACAUGAAGCAAUUGGGAGCAGCCAUUAGGAGUUUUGGAGCAAGGUGUUUGCUCAUGAUACCCAACUUUAAUUCUCUGUAUUUUCUAAAUCAGGAAUGGCUGAAAAGGCCUUGGACUGGUGUCUGCAUACAGCAUUGGGCUGGAUGAGGGGUAAUAAACUGAAUCAGACAACUUGCAGGAUGGAAGCUCUGUGGGCAGAGGCAGAUGUAAAGGUAAAGGUAAAGGUACCCCUGCCCGUACGGGCCAGUCGUGUCCGACUCUAGGGUUGUGCGCCCAUCUCACUUAAGAGGCCGGGGGCCAGCGCUGUCCGGAGACACUUCCGGGUCACGUGGCCAGCGUGACGAAGCUGCUCUGGCGAGCCAGCACCAGCGCAGCACACGGAAACGCUGUUUCCCUCCCCGCUAUAAAGCGGUACCUAUUUAUCUACUUGCACUUAGGGGUGCUUUCGAACUGCUAGGUGGGCAGGAGCUGGGACCGGAAGACGGGAGCUCACCCCGCCACGGGGAUUCGAACCGCCGACCAUGUGAUCGGCAAGUCCUAGGCACGGAGGUUUUACCCACAGCGCCACCCACGUCCCCCAGAGGCAGAUGUAGGGCAGCGCAAUUGUUUUUCCCGUGCUGGCUGUUGAACCAAGGGGGAGAGCUGCAGGGCAUCGCAACUGUGACAUAGUGCACACACAGAACAGAAGGCAAGAAGUGGCGAGGCAACAAAUUUUUGCCUCACACAGGGCACCACUACAAUUUGAAAGACCAAAGUGGGUGGGGGAGGGGUUUCUGGGUCCAGGAAAUCAGUAAAUUGCCUGCCAUGGCAAAUGUAUAGUUUGAGAGAUCUCCUGGUUCCAGUUCUGUCACAAAAUGAUGGCAGAAGUGUGUAGCGUUUGGCAUAUUCAGCUGGCAAUUGCUGACAUAGCUUUUAAUUGAUAUCUAAUUCCCAGUGCUUUUUUGGGGGGGGGACGCAGGGGUAUGCAUAACCCUAAACAUUUUGUGAAUCUAAGUUUGGCCUCAUUGAGGGGCAGUAUUUCAAUAUGAGUAGGAAAAUGAGAGUACCCCUAAACAUUUUUUAAAGAAAAAAAGCACUGCUAAUUCCUCUUCAAAAUGUGCCACAGCAAUUUCUUUGUGACAGGGAGUUCCAUAGUUUACCUUUCCUCCGGUUGGUUCUGGAGGUAUCAUGACUCAGCAGAAUUUGUUGACCCAGAGGCUCCCAUGUGGAGAAAGCUUGUUAUUUUAUAUUUUUCCUCCCAUACUCAUGCCUUUCAAAGUAUUUUAUUCAUCUCUGUCAUUUACCCUUCUCUUCCCCCUCAGUUUGUGGGGAGAAGAAGGAAUAAGGUCUACAUUCUCUGAUCCCUCUUCUCUGCUCCUGUUAUGCACUCUUAUUCCUCCCAUAACAGCUUCUCUCUGUUAUCUCUUCCUGAGGGCCCUUUCACCUCAGAGAAGGGAGACUCUCUCUUCCCACCCAACUCAAACCUCUCCCUCUCCUGGUCUUAUUCAUUCAGUCUCACCUUCUUUUCCUCUGUCCUAGCACAUGACACAUGCAAGCACAUGUGCACACACCAGUUGCCCACUUCCCAGCACCACUGCCUAAUGGCUGGUUGUUUUUCUGAGACAGCUGCCAUUUUGAAGGCAGUGAGGGGAGGCUUCCUAGCUAAGAAGCUGGGCUGUGGGAAAGCGAGUAAGCGAGCAAGUGUACAUGUGUGUGCGUGAGACGGAAGGGGGCAGAAGAUGCAGCAGCAGCAGCACACCACUAAACACUUGCUGCUUCUUUCCCUCUUCCUCUGCCUGAGCAUCCCUUCUGCCUCCUUCCUGUUUUUCUCCUCCUUCCCUCACAUUUGGCCAGCAACUCUGCCCAUUCCGAAUCUCUUUCAUUCUCUUUCUUUCCUCCCUCCAACUUCAUGUGCUUCAGUCUCACUCUCUAGUCAGCUCCCACUCCCAUGAGUGCCUCUGUACUGCACAUGGGGGAAGCUGCUGAUGCUGGAAUCAUGGGUGGGAUGAAGAAGCAAGGAAGCACCGGGCAGGCUGCAACACUGAGGCCAACCUGAAAGAGGGUUGAGGCUCACUGGUGAUCCCUUGCUCACAGUUUAUGAAACCCUGCUUUGUAUAUUCACUGCAUUAGCUUAACUUGUCCUAGUAUCACCUUAACUGUGUGGCCAUGACCCUUGCUAGUUAUUGCUUCUAUGGGAAAGAAGACACAUGAAAGUACCCAAAAUGUUUGCCACCAAAAAGUUUAAUAGUCUCUUAGAGCUUUUACAACUAUAUCAUGUCACAAAUAAAUUAUUCUCCCUGUGUCAGUCAGCAAGACUGCUUAGCUGUUGCUUGAUUCUUACGAAACACCAGCAGUUUCUCCAUAUACUCGAGGAGCCUGCCUGGCUACAGCUUGAAAUUUCAGCAUGUUUUCAGCAAACGUGAUUUCUGUUUGGGUGAAAUCCACCGCAUGAUAUUAACUAGUCUAGAAGCAUUGCAAAUUAUUUUUUAUCACACUUAUUACUUUGCUUCAUUUCUGAAAUGCAUUAAUUAAUUCUGAAAUGUUAGCCUAUUUUUUAAAAAACCCAUUAAGACACUUAAAACAAAUAAUCCGAAAUGGUCCGAACAAUAAUUGUACCUCUGACUGUUCUCUAAUUGUUAACUUUUAGAAACUACAAUAAUGGUUACUCUGCAGCUAAUUGUUUGAAGUGGGAAAAAUAUGAAGAAGACAACUGAGCAAGCAUAAUUUGCUGUGCAGCCUUUGUCCAUUUCAGCCUACUUGCAAAGGAGAUGAGGAAAUCAAGUGUAAUUAUCAGAUUCACAGUAUCAUAGAAUUGUAGAGUUGGAAAGGAUCCUGCAGAUCAUCUAGCACAACCCCCUGCAAUGCAGGAAUAUGCAGCUGUCCCAUAUGGGGAUCAAACCUGCAACCUUGGCAUUAUCAGCACUACGCUCUAACCAAGUGAGCUAUCCAUGGCUAUCAGCAUGUGGAAGUCAAUGGGACAGUCAAGCCAAAUACAGCGGUAAAGGGAAUGGUAUCAUGGACACACAUGGGAAAAACCCGCACAAUUUAUUAAUUUAUUUUUGCAUGGUCUCAAUAUAUUUUACUGGAUAAAAGGGUCUUAUAGACAAACUAUUGCAUGCUCACGCAUGUUAGGACAUCCUGUGUUGCUUCAGCUUGUGUGUAUACUUCAGUGUUUAUCCUUGGAACCAUCAAGAGAGAUCUGUGAGCCAAUAAUCUAUAAGGCGGGGAAGAAGCUCAGACCAAUCUAAAUCAGGGUGGCUGAUGUGGAUGAAUAUCUGCAGCUACAUUGCUCAUCUGAAUCCAGUUGAACUAGUCAGAAAGAGAAGGAUAAUUUUAGUCAUUUAAUUUGUCGUUGUUGAAUUUUUAUUGCCAUGGUGGGGAAAAUGUGCUUGUUGGGUUUGUUGUUGUUUUUUUGCCUCAUGUGUCAAAAUGACUUGGCUGGCUUUGGACAUUAUGCACAUUGACCUUGGGGGUGGGGGUGGACAAUGGGGUGCCAUUUGCCACUUUAUAUCAAGCAACAAAAUGUCUUGGGUCAGCCCUCAGUCAGAUGCUCCUUUUGAUGUGGAGCAGUGAUGUGCUACCCCAAGCACAAGCCACUAAUGAAUGCAUGACUAGAUCUGGAUUGGACUGGAUUACGGAGUUUAUAUACCACCCUUCAUCCGAAGAUCACUUUAUCAAUAAAAUAUAAAUGUGCUUAACUUGGGCUAGAACUGCAACCACAGUACUGAACAUAGCUUGGUGUCUGUAGGCAAUACUUUUAACGGUCAGUGUGGUGGUGAGUCUAUUUCAUGAUAACUUUUAGAUGUUAUCCUAGACAGCUCUGGCUAAAUAUGACCACUAGGCUUUUCUGCAAUGCCUAUAGGCAGUUGCUACAAGAGUAAUCUGCUAAAAUCAGAAGUGAACUCAGCCAUCAUCUUAUAUAUCUCAUCAUGCAAUUAAUACCCAUUUCCCUCAAGCUUGCAAAUGUUCAGUAUGUGGGGGUGCAGGGUGGGAAAUGGCAAGAAAAACAAGCCAUACCAACAGUGAAACUUAGCACAUGUUAACACACAAAUCUGUGGCCAUGAGGGUUAAAUACACAGGACAGUGUGGGAGCCUUUGAAACACAAUGCCCAACCUUAAUCCCAUAUGUCACCAGCUUUGAGUUGUGUCGUGAGUUAUUGUUCAUUCUUGCUGAAAGUUUGGGUCAAUAUGACCCCUACAGCACAAGGGAGGCUUGAGCCAGAAGUGUGUUUCUGGGCAGCAAUGAAGUUGAACUGACAGUCUUUAUCCUUACAACUGUACAGAGGGAUAUUAAUUUGUGUUUCAUAGAGAAUCUACUACAAAAGUCACCAUCCCAGAUCAACCCAUUGGUGUUCGUCUCUGUGAGCCAAUAAUAUUUAAGUGAGGAAGGACCAUCUAAACCAGGCCCCUUCCUCUCUUCCUCUCUUCCCAUACAGCAGAGUUUAGCAGCCAAGCAACAUGAAUUCCUGCAGCUGCUCCCAAGAGGGAUUAUGAACUUUGUUCUACCAAGUGAUAAAUGGACAAAGGGACAUUUAUUAUGAAUUGUGACAUAACUUCAGCCUUUAUCACCAUCUGGUCAGCCAUUCUCUCUCCCCACCCGUUUGUUUAAGGAACCACUGCAUGCAUUUCACGGAAAAACGCAACAGCCACAUGGUGAAAAUAGAUGCUCCAGCAACAACCAGGUCAAUGAUAUUUGUGGUCCAAAUUACUCAGUUCCACUAGCUUUAAACUAGUUGUUUGCAAGUUGCCUCACUGAUUUCACUAAGUCUUCAUGAUCCAAUUGUUGAGGAGUGUAGCAUGUGAAAUGUAUAAACGUUUCUUUUGAGAGAAUGAAUGCAGGUUGCUUAGGAACAAAUGCAAAAACACAAUAAUCACAUUUUCAGGUUCACAUAACCUUUCUUCAGGCUAAAAUGGAAUGGUCAGAGCAAAUGUUUGAAAUGUUCCAAAGGGGAGUGAUAAGCAGCUAGGUGUGCUGGAUGAUGAGAUAAUUAUCAUCUGGAAACUCAAGGCGCAUUGGGGAUAUAUUCAUUUGAGAUGAAGCUUAAUGGAAGUUGUAAAUUAGAAGCUGUGUCUAGCUCUAGGAAAGAAACAUUAUCUUCUUCAAAUCUGCAUCUUGGAGCUUGCUCACUCGUGCAUGUAACUCACUUGAUUUCUUAUCACAACCUACCGUCAAGUUAUGCUAGCUUCAUGAGUCCAAUUGUAUCCCAGAGUGCAGCAGUCUUUCUUCCUAUCCAUGGCUACUUUGGCAGAAUGAUAGGAUGAUUUAAAUCAGGGAAAUUGGGUACACUGUCCCUCUUCAUUUUUUCUUUAAAAAAACAAAUAAACAAAAAAUCAAAUGCUGGGAGAUCCACACAUAUCUUGUUUGGCAAUGACUGAUAAAGUUACUACCAGUAAUUCACAGAUUCAGAUGAUGAAAAUAAAAACACAAAAAAAUGUAUACUACAAUGGGAAAAAUUUACGGUUCCAGAAAGUCCUCCAGGCUUUCCAUUUGACAGCCCAAUCCUAAAUACUGUGGUACCUCUAGAUACGAAUGGGAUCCGUUCCAGAGCCCCGUUCGCAUCUAGAAGCAAACGUAACUAGUGACGGCAUGUCUGCGCAUGCGCGCUUUGCUUUUCGCUGCUUCUGUGCAUGCGUGUGACAUCAUUUUGAGCGUCUGCACAUGCGCAAGCUGCGAAACCCGGAAGUAAUGCGCUCCAUUACUUCCGGGUUGCCGCGGAGCGGAACUCGAACGUGCUCAACCCGAAGCGUAUUCAACCUGAGGGAUGACUGUAUGUGUAUUCAAAACACAGCCAGCUCCACCUUUGAGGGGGCCCUCAACUACAUGACCUGGUGGCUGCAGCACUCUGAUGAAACAACUUUGUAAUCCCCCAGCCCAGUUCCCCCAACAAAGCAUCUCUACAAGGUGGUGUGGUAAAUUUAAAUGGAAGCUCCCAGAUCCCUACUGGGAGCAGCCAUUUAAAUUUCCCACAGUGUCCCAAAGCAAUGCUACUUCAGGGGCACUGUGGGAAAUUGAACACACAGCUCCAGCAUGCAGCUGAUGAGCAACCAGUGGAUUGGACUGUCAGUCAAAGGGCCAGGCUAAGUGGUGGUGCUCAGCCCAGCCAGGGUUCUGGGCCCAGUGGGUGCCUAAGGAUGUUACAUGACCCCAUGUGACUCAGACUUUGCUUCCCACUGUGUUAUUUCACCCAGGUAAGUGUGUGUGGAACUGCAACUUUAUGUCACCAUCAUGGGCAAACUACCACAGAUUCUAUUACCUUCCCAGUCCUUUAUUGAUUUAUAUAUUUAUUUGUAUUCCUUCCCCAUCCUUCUCUCAGAUUUAAUUAUUCUGACAAGCAGAGCCCAUGUCACCAGAGACCACGGAGGCAGAUUGCAGGCCAAGGGCUGCCUGUUGUUAGCAGCUAAAUAGAAGAUUUGGUUUAUCUGAUUACAUCAGCAUGACAUUUGAAAGGGUCUUUUCAGCCCAUUCAAUUUCAGACAAAUAAUUUUUUUGAAGUAAAUACAUUUUUAAUGCAAAUAAUUCAAUUGAGACCAGCCUCUUAGAUCUUUGGUCAGCAUUAAUUUUAUCAUGUGGAUAAAAAUGGGAGAUGGGGCAUCCAACUGAGUCAAAGAACAGCCAUGAAAACGUUGUAUGGAAACUAUGGACAAUGAAUUUUAAUUGAAAGAGUGUUGGUAGGACUUUAGGGAUGGAGCCUAAUUUGAAAUGCUCUCUUGGAUAUGCUGUUGAAACCUGAAAUAUCUAGGGUUUCCCCUCCCUCCUAUCUAAAAUAUCCUUUUUGUGUGUUCUUGUUUCCAUGUUCACAGGUGGAGUUGCAAACUUUACAUAA